AGAGGGAGGGGCGCGCGGAGGCGCGAGUCGCCCGCCCCGCACUCCAGGCCACCCUUUCCACGCCGCGCGCUGCAAGUUCUGAUCCCCGCCGCCUCACCCCACCCCGGGCGCGCGCUCGCCAGGCGGGGCCGCGCUCGCCGGAUCCUCCCCUUAAACGCCCUCUCCGGGAAGCGCCAGUCCCGGUCCGAGCGGCGCUACCUCCGCUCGUGCGCGCGCGCGCGUCCGCCCGCCCGCCCUCAGGCUCCCCGCGGGCCGCGUCACGUGACCGCGCCCAGCCAAGGCGGCAGCGGCGGCCGCGCGAGCAUCGGCAGCGGUGGCAGAGGCAGCGGGAGCAGCUGCGCUGCCAGCGUGGAGCGGGAGGCGUGGAGGUGUGGAGAAGAAGGGAGCGUCGGACCGGAACGGAUGUAUACAUCUCGAGACUGAGAGGAAGAAACAAGUCAUGGGCCAGUGGUCAAGAUACUUCUCUGGGAAUUGUUGCUGCUGAUACUGCUCUUCAGAGUCCUACAAUGAGUGUGUGGUUUAAGGAAGAUUUUCAUAUUUAAAAGAUUUUCAGCUUGGAAAUACACAUCAAGUGAAAAUUUCAUUCUUCUGGGAAACAUUUUCCUCCUAAUAAAUUAUCCUUGUGAUGGGCGACAUGGCCAACAACUCAGUUGCGUAUAGCGGUGUGAAGAACUCUUUGAAAGAAGCUAACCAUGAUGGAGACUUUGGAAUUACGCUUACAGAGCUGCGAGCUCUCAUGGAGCUCAGAUCCACGGAUGCAUUACGGAAAAUACAGGAGAGCUAUGGAGAUGUCUAUGGCAUUUGCACCAAGUUGAAAACAUCUCCCAAUGAAGGUUUAAGUGGAAACCCUGCAGAUCUAGAAAGAAGAGAAGCAGUGUUUGGAAAGAACUUUAUACCUCCUAAGAAGCCAAAAACCUUUCUUCAGUUAGUCUGGGAAGCGCUACAAGAUGUCACUUUAAUUAUACUAGAAAUUGCAGCCAUAGUCUCACUGGGCCUUUCUUUUUAUCAACCUCCGGAAGGGGAUAAUGCACUUUGUGGAGAAGUUUCUGUUGGGGAAGAAGAAGGUGAAGGAGAAACGGGGUGGAUUGAAGGAGCUGCGAUCCUCUUGUCGGUGGUUUGUGUGGUGUUGGUGACGGCUUUCAACGACUGGAGCAAGGAGAAGCAGUUCCGAGGCCUGCAGAGUCGAAUUGAGCAGGAACAGAAGUUCACCGUCAUCAGGGGUGGGCAGGUCAUCCAGAUACCUGUAGCUGACAUCACUGUUGGAGACAUUGCCCAAGUGAAGUACGGUGACCUUCUUCCAGCUGAUGGCAUACUGAUUCAAGGCAAUGACCUGAAGAUUGAUGAGAGUUCAUUGACUGGUGAAUCUGAUCAUGUUAAGAAGUCUCUAGAUAAGGAUCCCUUACUUCUUUCAGGUACUCAUGUGAUGGAAGGUUCUGGAAGAAUGGUGGUUACUGCUGUAGGUGUGAAUUCUCAAACUGGAAUCAUCUUCACCUUACUUGGAGCUGGGGGUGAAGAAGAGGAAAAGAAAGAUGAGAAGAAGAAAGAAAAGAAAAAUAAGAAGCAAGAUGGAGCUAUUGAGAAUCGCAACAAAGCAAAAGCCCAGGACGGCGCGGCCAUGGAGAUGCAGCCUCUGAAGAGUGAAGAAGGAGGGGAUGGUGAUGAGAAAGACAAGAAGAAAGCAAAUCUGCCAAAAAAGGAAAAAUCCGUGUUACAGGGGAAACUCACGAAGCUGGCUGUUCAGAUUGGCAAAGCAGGUCUGCUGAUGUCUGCCAUCACAGUUAUCAUCCUAGUGUUGUAUUUUGUGAUCGAUACCUUCUGGGUUCAGAAAAGACCAUGGCUUGCAGAGUGCACACCGAUCUACAUCCAGUACUUCGUGAAGUUCUUCAUUAUUGGAGUCACAGUUCUAGUGGUUGCCGUGCCGGAAGGGCUUCCACUGGCAGUCACCAUCUCACUGGCUUACUCAGUCAAGAAAAUGAUGAAGGAUAAUAACUUAGUGAGACAUCUGGAUGCUUGUGAGACCAUGGGGAAUGCUACAGCUAUCUGUUCAGAUAAAACGGGAACCCUGACAAUGAACAGGAUGACGGUUGUUCAAGCUUACAUAAAUGAAAAGCAUUAUAAAAAAGUUCCGGAACCAGAAGCCAUCCCACCAAAUAUCCUGUCCUACCUGGUAACAGGGAUUUCUGUGAAUUGUGCUUAUACGUCAAAAAUAUUGCCACCGGAGAAAGAGGGUGGAUUACCUCGCCAUGUGGGUAACAAAACGGAAUGUGCCUUGUUGGGAUUUCUCUUGGAUUUAAAACGGGAUUAUCAAGAUGUUAGAAAUGAAAUACCAGAAGAAGCACUGUACAAAGUCUAUACCUUCAAUUCUGUUAGGAAAUCCAUGAGCACAGUCCUGAAAAAUUCAGAUGGAAGUUUCCGCAUCUUCAGCAAGGGUGCCUCCGAGAUCAUUCUGAAAAAGUGUUUCAAAAUCUUGAGUGCUAAUGGCGAGGCAAAAGUAUUCCGACCCAGAGACCGUGAUGACAUUGUGAAAACUGUGAUCGAGCCCAUGGCAUCAGAAGGCCUGAGGACCAUAUGCCUAGCGUUCAGAGACUUCCCAGCGGGGGAGCCAGAACCAGAGUGGGAUAAUGAGAAUGAUGUCGUCACCGGCCUUACGUGUAUCGCGGUUGUGGGGAUUGAAGAUCCUGUGAGGCCUGAGGUACCAGAGGCAAUAAAGAAAUGUCAGAGGGCUGGAAUUACUGUGCGCAUGGUCACUGGUGAUAAUAUUAACACUGCUCGGGCCAUUGCUACCAAAUGUGGUAUUUUACACCCAGGGGAAGAUUUCCUAUGCUUAGAAGGUAAAGAUUUUAACCGAAGAAUACGAAAUGAAAAAGGAGAGAUUGAACAAGAAAGGAUAGACAAGAUUUGGCCAAAGCUUCGAGUACUUGCAAGAUCAUCUCCCACUGACAAACAUACACUGGUGAAAGGUAUAAUUGACAGCACAGUCUCAGAGCAACGACAGGUUGUAGCUGUAACGGGUGAUGGUACAAAUGACGGGCCUGCACUGAAGAAAGCAGACGUUGGCUUUGCAAUGGGCAUUGCUGGAACUGAUGUGGCUAAAGAAGCAUCUGAUAUUAUUCUCACAGAUGACAACUUUACAAGCAUUGUCAAAGCAGUUAUGUGGGGACGAAAUGUCUAUGACAGCAUCUCAAAGUUCCUUCAGUUCCAGCUUACUGUUAAUGUAGUAGCAGUGAUUGUUGCUUUCACGGGCGCUUGUAUUACUCAAGACUCACCACUUAAGGCGGUGCAGAUGCUCUGGGUAAACCUCAUCAUGGACACGCUGGCUUCCCUGGCUCUGGCUACGGAACCACCCACCGAGUCACUCCUGCUUCGGAAGCCUUAUGGUAGAAAUAAGCCUCUCAUCUCACGCACGAUGAUGAAGAACAUCUUGGGCCAUGCAUUCUAUCAGCUCGUAGUGGUCUUUACACUCUUAUUUGCUGGAGAAAAGUUUUUCGAUAUAGACAGCGGGAGGAAUGCCCCUCUGCACGCUCCCCCAUCAGAACACUACACCAUUGUGUUCAAUACCUUUGUGCUGAUGCAGCUCUUCAAUGAAAUAAACGCCCGGAAAAUUCACGGGGAAAGAAAUGUGUUUGAAGGAAUCUUCAAUAACGCCAUCUUCUGCACCAUUGUCCUGGGCACCUUUGUGGUGCAGAUAAUAAUUGUGCAGUUUGGCGGGAAGCCUUUCAGCUGCUCAGAACUUUCAAUAGAGCAAUGGCUGUGGUCGAUAUUCCUGGGAAUGGGGACCUUACUCUGGGGCCAGCUUAUUUCAACCAUUCCAACCAGCCGCUUAAAGUUUCUAAAAGAAGCUGGUCAUGGAACCCAGAAGGAGGAGAUACCCGAGGAGGAAUUAGCAGAGGAUGUUGAAGAGAUUGACCAUGCCGAAAGGGAGUUGCGGCGUGGCCAGAUCUUGUGGUUUAGAGGCCUGAACAGAAUCCAAACACAGAUGGAUGUAGUGAAUGCUUUCCAGAGUGGAAGUUCCAUUCAGGGGGCUCUAAGGCGACAACCCUCCAUCGCCAGCCAGCAUCAUGAUGUAACAAAUAUUUCUACCCCUACACAUGUAGUGUUUUCCUCUUCUACUGCUUCUACUACUGUGGGAUCCGAGUGGUGAAUGCAUUUCGUAGUUCUUUAUACGAAGGGUUAGAGAAGCCAGAAUCAAGAAGUUCAAUCCACAACUUUAUGACACACCCUGAGUUUAGGAUAGAAGAUUCAGAGCCGCACAUCCCCCUUAUUGAUGACACUGAUGCUGAAGACGACGCCCCUACAAAACGCAACUCCAGCCCUCCGCCCUCUCCUAACAAAAAUAACAAUGCUGUUGACAGCGGAAUUCACCUUACAAUAGAAAUGAACAAGUCUGCUACCUCUUCAUCCCCAGGAAGCCCACUACAUAGUUUGGAAACAUCACUCUGAUUGUAAGCUGAAUGGUAACACACUAGCUGCAUUGUAAAGAAACAAAUCGAAACUGAGUCUUUUCACAUAUUGUGACGGACAAGAUAGUAUUCUUGUCUCUGGACUUCAACAGAAGACACACUUGUACGAAUGUAGAUUUAUUUUUUUAAAAAAAACAAAAGCAAAGCUUUCUGCCAGACUGAGGGUGCUUUUUUGGGGUGUGGGAGAAACGAACUGACAGAUAAACAGCGGUGACUCGGCACGAGUGGCCUGUGGGUCGUCAGUGUACCUAACGUUGUCCUGACUAGCAGAGCUGUGGUUUAUCUCAGUACUUGAUGGGAGGGAGGGAGGAGUGACGCUGGGUGAGACAGAGAGCCCUGGAUCAUUGAGUGAAUACUUUAAUUUCUGCUGUUGGCUGUUAAUAAUUUGGAUUAUUUAUGUUUAUAAAUGAUACAGAUCUGUUUACAAGGUUUGUAGAUACUUUUUUUGUUCUUCAUAGACGGGAAGCUUCCUUAUAGUAAUGCAGAGAAAAAUUAGUCCUUCAAAUACUGCUGUAUUUUCAGGAAAAAAAAGGGGGGGGUGUUUCUAUUGAAACUGUACUAAAUUUUUGCCUACAAUUUAUCUUGUUACAUAUGUAGAUAAAUUGCUAAUACUAAUAGCCAAAUAGAUAACACUAAUGCUUUGUUUAAAAAACAAAAAAGAAAAAAAGAAAACAAGACAAAAAAAAAAACCAACAAAAACCAUGAGCAGUGGUGUUCUAAUGAAGUUAUGGCAUCUGUCCUAAUUAGUUUCUUAAAUACAUUUACUACUUAAUGGUUUUGAAAGAACUGUUUAAUUUUUAAAUUUUUUGAAAACUUGCUGAUAACCUUUUGUUCAGAAUUUAGUAGCUUGAUUAUCGCGGGACACACACAAUGAAAGAUGCUUGAAAUGCGUUUGAUAUUUCAGGCCAAUCAAAUUAAACUGUCAAAGUACAAGAGAAACCUUUAGUCUUUUUUUUUUUGUUUUGUUUUUGUCUAAAUAUGUUAGUUCAGUGAUGUCUUAGUGAACUGUGAGUGACUGCAUUGAUUUUUCUAAUAACUCCAUAGAUACCUUCACACAGCAUAGAGGGGGCUGUUGGCAUUUUGAGAAAGGUUAAUAGAGAGAGGCAUACAUCGUCUCCUUUUGUUUUUGAAACUUGUUUGUAAACAUAAAUAAAUAUGCCCUUUUAUUAAAUAAAUGCACAGCAAUGGUUCUUCAGACAGCUCAGCUCCUUGGUUCUGUAUGUGUGCCGCACUGGCCUGUCUCCUCUAACCACAACUAGAAAAAAUUUAAAGCUGGUGACAGCCCCAGGAAGGGCUGUUUGAAUCCUUUCGUGGUCACCCCAUGGAGUCGAGCUGAGACAGCAAUUUGGCCACCUAGCAUACCCUUCCUAGAAUCUACUUUUAUCUAAAGUAAAGUAGUCUGGCCAUUUUAUACGAAGUAAUGACCACAGUUGUCUCUGAUGUAUUUGUUUUUUAUUAAGUGUCCCAGUAACAGAUUAGAUUAAAGGGAUGGUGCAUGAAGGUUUGAGGAAGCUUCUAAACAUGAUCUAUGUAGAUGUAAUAACCAACUCUAUGCCGAAAUGCUCAUCUCUGAGACAAUUGAGUUUCCAGGCUCUCUGCUUCUUUUCUGUCUAUCUUCUUCCUUUGUUUGCCUCUUGUCUUGACCCUUUAGAAAGUGGUAUUGUUUCAGGGCGCAGAUCUCGCCAGAUAAACAAUCCUCAGGCUGACCUAAAGUUUACGAGGACUACUACAUCCAAGAAUGCUGACCUAGCAAAGAAACAUCUAGUUGAUGGUGCUUGAUAUAUAUAUUUUUUUUUCUUUUUUUUUGGCGGGUGGGAGGAAUCUUUCUCUCCCCAUCAGUUGCCUGUAGUAACUCUCUGCAAGUCUUAGAAACACAUCGGCUCUGUCCCAUCGAUCACUGUACAUUUUUACUCAUCAGGUGUUUGUAGUUAUUCAUACUGUAAAAAGAGGUAGCAUGAUAUGCUGGGACGCAUAUUUAGACCAGGAGCCCAAGGUGGGCUCCUCGUCUUGAAUUUGCCAUUAACGUGCUGCAUGAUCUUGGGGCAGUGACUCACCCUGAUGGAGGGUGGGGGACUAGACUCCUCUUGAAGAACCCUUUCAACUCUAAAAAUUGACCCUAUCCACUGAAGAAGCCUGUGAGGCAUAGGGAAUAGAGAAAAGGGAAAUGUUCUCAGCUUUCUUUUUUAUUUUGGUUAUGCUUAAAUAUGAAUGUAAUUACCAAGAGAAUGAGACGUGCAUGUGCUUUGGAGGGUUUGUGUCUAGCUUUUCCGGUCUCUUUUUUUUUUUUUUUUUUUCAAAACUCAAGGCAAUGGCUUUUUACCCCACCUCUAAAUCCAUAAGCGGGUCUUAGGACAUCCGUGAAGUAAUAAUAACAAAACACGCUCGGUGUGCGUUUCUCUCUUUGAGACACUGUAAUUUCUACCAGAAAUGUCCACAGCAUUAUGUAAGUAGGAAAAAAAAAAAUACAAGCAAGCUGUUAAAGAUCUUGGAUCCCAUUCUAUAGUGUGUAUACCUAAAUCAACUUCUGUAAUUCACAUUUUUCUCUUUUAUUCUCUAACCAAAAUCAGAAAGGAAAAAAAAAAAAACUUGUUUAAUUUUGCAUCCCAAAUGUUUUUAAUCUUUGUAUAUUUUUUAGACUCCCUUUUCUCCCCAUCAUUGCCUUUCCGUGGUUGUAAAUACUUGUCGCACUCUGAGGAUGAGUUACGUCUUGUCAUCUUACAAAUAUGUGAUAUGGUAAUUUUCAUAACAGAUUAUCAGUUUUGAACCAAGAAAAUGGUGAUUUGUUUAUAAGAGAAAACAAAACAAAACAAACAAACAAAAAAAAAACACCUGGCUUCAUUUCUGUGAAAUUGCUCUUUGAACCUUUCAUUUCCACGUGUAAGCCAACUGGGAUACUACCGUGAUGGUGUUGAUUUCUUCUACUGAUGCUUACCAUCUCUUUUAGCCACUGAGCCUUUUAUUAUUUGUCUAUUUGUAAAGUUUAUUUGUCUUAACUCAUUUAAUAAAUAUACUGUUUAUCUGUUUCUGAA